CCCCUCUAUAAUUGCAAUCUUCUGUCUCUGUCUCUUCAGUGGAUUGCUACACCUGCUACGCAGCCAGCUUGUGCGAUCCACACAAUUUAUUCUUAACAGCGAGGAGAGAGAGCCCAACCGUCAAUUCUUACCCUCACGCCUACGGCGAUACAAAGCCUAUUAUCAUUUUCAGAUUGAUUUCUUCAUACUUGAGCUUGUCUCCUUUAUAAGCAAAGGCCUGCCAUGCCUGCACCGUCGCUCGUCGACUCUUGCACGAAGGCUUGCAUCAAAAACAUCCGCAGCUUAAACGAUGUUGGCGACUUUGAGUACUGGAAAAUCCGCCCCGUGCUGCUGCGGCUCGAGUCCCCCGCCCAGCUCCAUGAAAUCGAAACCCAUUCGCCCCAGAUUCGAGGCGAGGACGCCGAGCUCUGGCGCGCCUUUAUUGCGCGCGACUUCGUCAACUGGGAGCAGAAGAAUUACGCUCCCAAGAACCCGCUGAAAUGGUACGAAGUAUACCUAAAGUACAAAAGGGAGCAGGAGCGCGAGAUAGCAAGGGACGAGGAGAUCCUCAGGGCUUCGAUGGGGCAGCUCAAGAAGAAGAAGGAGACGAACGUCUCGAAGGUGGUAGAUUUGAGGGCCCUGCCGAAGGUGCCCAGGGACCCGCGGAUGCUUGCUAAUAACGGGGGCGUGCCGAUUGGUAAGAGAACAGGGCUGUUCAAGAAGGAAGGACCGAGUAGUCUGGUUUGGAGCGCUGGGUCCAAGACCAAGAUGACGGACGGGAAGAGUGUGCUUACGAGGGCCAGGAGGGAGGCGAAGGAGAUUAGCCAGAGAAGCAAGUUGGCGAAGCCGACGCACGAAUUGACAGCACGAGCGGGGCAGGUCAGGAAAGCACCUGCAGGAAUGGUGAACGAGUAUAAGAAGGCGGUGCAGCCCGCGAUCAGGAUCCUGUCGAGAAAGAAGAAUCCGGCGGCGGGGAACAACAUCACAGGCGGUAUUACUGGGCCGAGUCUAGAAGAGAGGGAGAAGAGACUCUCGGCGAUUCAGGCUGGGAUGAGUCCACCUAAGAAUUCCACAACAGAGGGCGUGACUCUGGUAGGCUCCUCCGACGAAGAGGAUGGAGGAGAUGAUUUGGAUGAUCUCUUCGACCCGCGACACCUCACUUCCUCCACAUCACGUCCAGCCUCCUCCUCGUCCAGACCGAUCGCAAGAGCCAGCUCCUCGUCAUCUCGCCCCACACCUUCUACCGAGCGGCCUACCUCCCGCCAACCUCCAUCAUUAUCAUCAUCAUCCACCAACCCCUCCAAACCCUCAGAUUACAUAUCCUCUAUCGUCAGCCGUCCCAAACCUUCCGGAUCCUCUCCUGCAACGCGCCCGAAUCCCGCACCCCGAUCCAGGAGUCCGAGUCCGAGCCGCGCGGAGAGGAAGCCACCACCACCAGUCCUCAUGAGAAGGAAGGCCGAGGUGGAUAUCUUCAAUCGAUCAGCGACCAAGAGGCCGAGGAAUAGAUAGAUAGUUUGCUAUAUUUUUUUUUCCCCUUUUUCUUCCAUCUAACGAUUUUCGCCAUGAAUUAACGGGCAUGAAAGGAGGAGUUUAGGAAUAUUGAGGAGUGCUUCGGGUUGGACAUAUGGCGUAAUGCUAGGGCAUAUAUGGAUAGGUAGAUGAGAAAUGGAAAGGCAUAUUCACAAGGAAGAAGAGUCACAUGCAUCAGAAACAAUAUGAAACGCUUCAGCAAUUCACACAAAAGCCUAGAUUCAACAAAUCCGGCCCCCUCAUGUCACCAUCACACCCUAAGACUAGAGAUGCAU